AUGCAGCAGCAAAUUAUUUCCUCAAGUUGCAAAGCAACUCCUAUCAAACACAUAUUAUCCUUCAAGUUAAUUUCUUUAAUCUCUUUAAUCUUUUUAUCAGUAUUAAUCGAAGCUGCUCCAGUAUCUAAUGCUCUUGGUCCCAUUACAUCAGCCCCUAAUUUAAAGAGCUUUGCUAAUUACGCUGCUGCUGCUUAUAUUAAGGCUCCUCUUAAUAAUUGGGACUGUGGAGACAUCUGUCUUGCAACUAAGGGUACCCAAUUUGUUACAGACUUUAAAAACGAUGUGCUUAACACAAGGGGUUACAUAGCCAUGGAACCAGAAAAAAAAUUAAUCAUCGUAUCAUAUAGAGGAACUGUACCAGGAAGUGUUAGAAAUUACAUUUCUGACUUUGUCAUUUAUCAAGACGAAUAUACUCCUGUACCUGGUGCCUCGGUACACCAUGGAUUUCUUAAUGCUUGGGAACAAAUUCAACCCAAAGUUACCGAUGAUCUUAUAAAAUUAAUCAAAGAAAAGCCCGAUUUCAAUAUCGGAUUUAUGGGUCACAGUUUAGGUGGCGCACUUGCUACAUUAUCGGCAUUAGAUCUUAUACAAAAGGUGCCAGAAUUAGCUAAAAGAAAUGAAAAAGUGUUUCUUGCUACAUUUGGUCAACCAAGAACGGGUGAUGAAACCUUUGCUAAAUAUGUUGAUGAAAACCUAAUAGCAAUAAGAUCUAUAGUUCGUGGUGAUUUAGUUCCUCGUUUACCUACAUCAUGGACAAUUCCAUUUAUUGGGUCCUAUAAACAUUUUGGUGAAGAAUUAUAUAUAGAUAAUCCUGAUCAUGAUUCAAGUGCCUUUACUGAAUGUAAUGCUGAAGAUCCAAAAUGUUCUGAAUCGAUACCUUUAACUGAGUUAGGCCUAAAGUAUCAUUCGGGUCCCUAUUAUGGUGUUAAUAUGAGAGAUGCUAAUGUAAAUUUAAAUUUCAAUGUUGAAACUUACGAUUACUCAACUGAUCCUUAUAUCUAUUAUGAUCCAAAUUUCAAUUAUGAGGGAAUUAUGAGAGUUAACGGUAUUGAUGGUACUAAGGGAGUUAAUGGUACUGAGGGAGGGAGUUAA